ACUUCCGGCUUUCUCUGGCGUCUUCCGCAGUUGUCUUCCGGGUGACAGUGACUGGGUGCCCCGGAUGUAGCCCCAGCAAAAGCCUUACCUUCCUCUGCCUGGUCUGGUUCCCCAGGAGGUCUUCGGACGGCGAAUCCUCUCUUCACCCCACUCCCUUUUUCUGCGUCCUUUUCCUGGGCUCAGCUGGCAGAAGGGUUCUCUGUCCCAUCAUGCCAAAGAGGAAAGUGACCUUCCAAGGCGUGGGGGAUGAGGAUGAUGAGGAUGAAAUUAGUGUCCCCAAGAAGAAGCUAGUGGACCCUGUUGCUGGGGCAGGAGGUCCUGGAAGUCGCUUCAAAGGCAAACACUCUUUGGACAGUGAUGAGGAGGAUGAUGAGGAGGAGGGGUCUAGCAAAUAUGACAUCCUGGCCUCAGAGGAUGUAGAAGGUCAAGAAGCAGCCACACUCCCUAGUGAGGGGGGUGUACGGAUCACACCUUUCAACCUGCAAGAAGAGAUGGAGGAGGGCCACUUUGAUGCUGAUGGCAACUACUUCCUGAACAGGGAUGCUCAGAUCCGAGAUAGCUGGCUGGACAACAUUGACUGGGUGAAGAUCAGGGAGCGGCCACCUGAUCAGCGUCAGGUCUCAGACUUGGAAGAAGAGGACAGCUUGGGCCAGACACCAAUGAGUGCCCAAGCCUUACUGGAAGGACUUCUGGAGCUCCUGUUGCCUCGGGAGACAGUGGCUGGGGCAUUGAGGCGUCUCGGGGCCCGAGGAGGCAGCAAAGAGGGUAGCAAGGGGCCUGGACGGCCUAGUUCCCCCCAACGCCUGGACCGGCUGUCUGGGUUGGCUGACCAGAUGGUGGCCCGGGGCAACCUUGGCGUAUACCAGGAAACAAGAGAACGGUUAGCCAUGCAGCUGAAGGGUUUGGGGUGCCGGACCCAGGGACCCCAAGACCCCACCCCUCCACCCUCCCUGGACAUGUUUGCUGAAGAAGUGGCAGAAGGAGAGCUGGAGACCCCAACCCCUGCCCAGAGAGGAGAAGCAGAGACACCGGGAGAUGGACUAGCAGAUGUGAUGUGGGAAUAUAAGUGGGAGAACACAAGGGAUGCUGAGUUGUAUGGACCUUUUACCAGCACACAGAUGCAGACCUGGGUUAGUGAAGGCUACUUCCCUGAUGGUGUUUAUUGCCGGAAGCUGGAUCCUCCUGGUGGUCAGUUCUACAACUCCAAACGCAUUGACUUUGACCUCUACACUUGAGCCUGCUGAAGGCCCAAUUUGGUGGCCUCUUCUUUCUGGACUUUGUGGAGAGGCCCCAGCUGCCUCACACAGUGAGGAUCUUGGAGAUCAAUUUCCCUUUCCCAAUAAAAGCCUUUAGUUGCGU